AUGAAUAUAUGCCUGUGCCACUCCGCAAAGGCUCCGUCAGCUCAGCUGCAGCAGAGCAGUGCAGAGCACAGCAGAGAGGACGCCAUUGCAGCCAGGGCAAGCACAAAGACAGCUCGAAAACUUCGGCGAGAGAUAUAGUUCGGCUAGCUCAAGGUGUCCAUGGAAAGCAAGGCACCCCGUGGGUACUAGAGCUCGUGAGGGGGCGUCGAUCGAGGACUACAAAUAGCCGGCGGCCUCAAGCUCUUACAUCUCAUCGAGCAGAGGAAGAAGCACCUGUGCAAUCUUGAUCGGUCGUGUGACUGUCUAGCUAGGGAGUUAAUUUGGUUUUGCAGUGAUGGCGAAGGGUGCUGGCUACGGGCUUGGGUUCGCGUGCUUCGCUCUUGUGGCGGCCAUGGCCGGCGCGGCGCAGUUCAAGGUCGGCGGCGACAGCGGGUGGAGCGUGGCCGGCGCCAGCAAGGAGUCGUACAACACUUGGGCGAUGAAGAACAGGUUCCAGGUCGGAGACACACUAGUGUUCGUGUACCCCAAGGACAAGGACUCGGUGCUGGUGGUGCAGCCGGCGGACUACAACGCCUGCAACACGUCGUCGUACGACAAGAAGUUCGCCGACGGCAACACCGUCUUCGCCCUGGACCACGCCGGCGCCUUCUUCUUCGUCAGCGGCGUCGAGGCCAACUGCCGCGCCAACGAGAAGCUCAUCGUCAUGGUCCUCGCCGGCCGCAACGGCACAGGCACGGCCGCCGCUCCGCCGCCUUCGUCGCCCGCCGCUCCGGCACCGGCAACGUCGUCUCCGCCUCCGGCCGCUUCCAGCCCGCCGCCUGCGACGCCCCCCUCACCACUCCCCGCGGCGCCCGCUCCUAGCGCGCCUAGUCCCACCUCGGCUCCUCCUCCCGCCUCCGCUUCCGCCCCGCCACCGGCCUCUUCCCCUGCAUCUGCUCCUCCGACCUCGUCGCCGACUGCUCCGGCGUCCCCGCCGCUUCCCACUCCGUCGGCCCCGACUGGUGCCCCGCCGAUGGCGCCCUCAGCGAACGCUCCGGCAGGCGCGGACGGAGGAAGUACGAACUCAACGGGCACGUCAUCAUCCCCGCCCCCCGCCGGCUCCAACGAGCAGAACGGCGCCACGCUCACGGUUACCGGCGCCGCGGGUCUCGCCGGCUCGGCCGCGGCCUGCAUCGUCGGCUACGCCAUGCUCGCUCUGUGAAGCGUGACCGGAGAAGGGCGACUACUACAACUACAGUAACUACUGUACUGACUAAGACGAGUGAUCUGUGUGUGCAACUGUGCAUCGACUAUCGAUUGACCUCUUUGUAUUGUAUACGUAUUGGUUUUCCAUCGGAUGAAAUAAUAAAGAAACGACGAGAUUCUUGGGAAAA